GGCGAGCGUCAGUCAGUGGCUUUUGCAGGAGCCGAGCGUUUUACAGGGGGCGGUCGCUGCGCUUGUCAAUGUUGGGUUGCAUUGUAUCGCCGGGUCGGUGGGAAGCAGCAGCAGCAACAGCAAGGAAUCAUGCCCAAGAUGGCUCACCAGAGGACACAUUUAGUGCUGGAGAAUUACAUUGGAGGCAAAUUUGUGCCGUGCUCAAGACACAUUGAUUCCUAUGACCCUUCGUCCGGGGAUGUGUACUGCAGAGUACCAGACAGUGGGAAGCAGGAGGUGGAUGCGGCAGUAAGUGCUGCCAAAGAUGCUUUCCCCGGGUGGUCGGCAAAGAGCCCUUUGCAGCGAUCGCAGAUACUUCAUAAACUGGCAGACCUGAUAGAGGCUCAUCUGGAGGAGUUUGCUCAAGCGGAAUCAAAGGAUCAAGGGAAGACUAUUACUGCAGCAAGAAGCAUGGAAAUACCUCGAGCAGUUUAUAAUUUCCGUUUUUUUGCCUCAACGAUCCUCCACAACACCACAGAAUGUUCAGAGAUGGACCAUAUGAGCUGCACCCACUUCACCACACGGACACCAGUGGGAGUAGCUGGCCUGAUCAGCCCCUGGAAUUUCCCACUUUACCUCUUGACAUGGAAAAUAGCCCCUGCCAUUGCCACGGGCAACACUGUUGUUGCCAAACCCAGUGAAAUGACGUCAGUCACUGCUUGGAUGAUGUGCAAACUCUUGGAUGAAGCAGGCAUUCCACCUGGUGUAGUGAACAUAAUAUUUGGGAGUGGCCCAAAGGCUGGGGAGGCAAUUGUUUCUCACCCCGAUGUGCCACUGAUAUCCUUCACUGGGAGCACACUCACUGCACAGCAUAUCCGAGAGAAGAGUGCUCCAUACUGCAAGAAGCUCUCCCUGGAGUUAGGGGGGAAGAACCCAGCCCUUAUCUUCGAUGAUGCCGACCUUGAUGAAUGCAUCCAAACAACAGUGCGAUCCAGCUUUACUAACCAGGGUGAAGUCUGUCUGUGUACAAGUAGAAUUUUUGUGCAAAGGAAGAUCUACAAUGAGUUUUUGGAGAAGUUUGUGGAGAGUACGAGGAAAUGGAAGGUCGGCAUCCCUUCAGACCCAACAGCCAACAUGGGAGCUCUCAUUAGCAGAGAGCAUCUGGAAAAGGUUAAGAGUUACAUCAAUCUAGCCGUAAGUGAAGGGGCUAAAAUCCUUUGUGGUGAAGGAAUUGAUUCCUUGGACAUUCCUGAUAAAAACAAGACGGGUUAUUUUCUAUUGCCAACGGUGAUCACAGAAAUAAAGGACUGCUCUCGCUGUAUGCAGGAAGAGAUCUUUGGCCCAGUGACGUGUGUUGUACCUUUUGACACAGAGGAAGAAGUAAUCCAGCGAGCAAAUGAUGUGAAAUAUGGAUUGGCUGCCACUGUGUGGUCACGAGAUGUUGGCCGGAUAUAUCGGGUUGCUAAGAAGCUUCAUACCGGUAUGGUGUGGACCAAUUGCUGGCUUAUUCGUGACCUGAAUCUGCCAUUCGGUGGUAUGAAAGCCUCUGGAGUUGGCAGGGAAGGGGCCAGAGACUCGUUUGAGUUUUUCACGGAGGUUAAAACUAUUACAAUAAAACACUGACCCCCCCCCCCCCCCCACCUCAUCCCAUUAUGAGCGACACAUUAAUUUGCAGUAAUUAAAACAAAAUUGCAAAAACACUAUAGAAAUCAAUUGAAACGUUUACCAUCGGUUGUAAUUGUGUGUCAUGGAGCACCAUUCGUGAUGCUUGGAGGCAAAGGAUCACCUCUCUGCGAAUGUGAGGUGUGAAAGGUGGAAGCAGCCCUCAGUAAAUGGCAGCUGGUGAGUCUAGAGUAACAUUGAUGCGCAUGAGUUACUGAAGAUAAGUUGAUUCCUUCUUGUUUUAGUGACCAAAUUGAGGGAACAAAUUGGCAGGGAUCAGGAUCGGGAAAAAGAUUGUUAUUAAACAAUAAUUUGUAACUCGUAGUAAUGUUUCGUAAAGAGUGAUGUUCAGUAAUUCUUCAGGAGGAAGUAUAGCCUUACACUUGUGAUGUACCAGUGAGGUACUGCACUACAGUACUGUCCAUACAAUGUAAAAUGAGACAAAGCCUUAACAGUGUCGUAUACUUUAUCACUGGAACAUAUUGAUUAUUAAUAUGUUAGAAAUGUUAAGUGUAAUUUUGAAAAUUAAAGUCAAUUAUGAAUUAUAG